AUGGCGAACCAAAAUGCUGAACUGAUAGACCCUGUUAAUCACUUCAAAGAUAUGAAUUUAUCACCGCCAGCCCAAGGCUUCCCUAUUCUCCAGACCAGCUUCGAUGUACGCCCAGACUGCGGCGAGGACAGCUACAGAGGAACGGGCCGCCUUCAAGGUCUCAAAAUUUUAAUAACGGGUGGAGACUCGGGAGUUGGAAGAUCAGUCGUCAUCGCAUUUCUCCGCGAGGGAGCUAAUGUGGCUAUCAACUAUCUCCCAGAGGAAGAGCCUGACGUGGACGACCUUGCUGAUUUCCUGAGCGGCGAAGGAUUAUCAUUCGAACGCAUUCCUGGAGACUUACUCAACGAGACUUUCUGCACGGAGUUGGUCCACGAGGCGGCGAAUCGUCUUGGAGGGAUUGAUAUCAUGGUUCAAAAUGCGGCAUACUCUGGGAUCCUCGCAGGCUCGAAAUGGCAACCUAUCACGAACCAGUCCACCGAACAACUGGAGCGGAUCUACCGCACCAACGUCUUCGCGAACUUCUUCCUAACCCGUGCGGCCGUGCCUCUACUACCCCGAGGUGGUAGUAUAAUCCUCACCACUUCUGAUAUCGUCAACUCACCAGACAGCAACGCAGUAGACUAUGGCUCAAGCAAGGCUGCUAUUAGUUAUAUGAUCCGCAGCCUCUCAGUGCAGCUCGCCCCUCGGGGUAUUGGGGUAAACGGUGUUGCUCCAGCCCUUAUCUAUACCCCUUUCUUGGCCAGUGCUGGCUUUACGGCGGAGGCAAUCGCCCAGGUUGCCGCAUCAAAUCCAUAUGGUCGUAUAGAGCAGCCGGGUGAGUUGGCGCCGAUAUACGUCAAUCUGGCCGACCCCUUGGAGACAUACACGAGCGGAAAUAUCUGGUCGGCUAGUGGUGGCGUGCCUGGACCUGUCUAA